GCUGUUUACAUUCCAGAAUAUCGAAAUAAAGAAAGCUGAAAGAGAAAUUUAUUAUGAACCUUGUAAACAGUGUUUAAGCUGUUCUUCCUAAAAACGGAUGCGUUGUGUGAUCGCUUGCUGCGUUAUAUCUAAUUCUUGUAGCCACGUAGUCGGUUAAAUCCAAAACAGUCCCUUAGAAUGCUCUCUGUAACCUGCAUUGCUCCUGUAAACAUAGCGGUAAUAAAGUACUGGGGAAAGCGCGAUGAAGACCUCAUUUUACCGCUGAAUGACUCCGUUAGUGCUACGUUGUCCGCUGAUCACCUUUGUACAAAAACGACGGUCAGCACGUGCGAAAGCUUUACCGAAAAUAAGAUCGUUCUGAAUGGAAAGGAAGAAUCGUUCGACAAUCCUCGGCUGUUGCGAUGCCUUGCAGAGAUUAAAAAACGAGCGAAAGCAUCUAACAAAUGCAAGCCGGAACUACUGAAAUGGAAUGUACACGUUAAGACUGAAAAUAAUUUCCCCACUGCCGCUGGGCUAGCUUCGAGUGCCUCCGGAUAUGCUUGUUUAGUUUACACCCUUGCCUGCCUUUACGGAAUCGAAAACGAAGAGAUCAGCUCCAUUGCACGCCAGGGAAGCGGCUCAGCAUGUCGUAGUUUGCACUCUGGAUUUGUGCAGUGGCGCAAAGGGGAACUUCCGGAUGGUAGCGAUUCCUUAGCCGUUCAACUGGUUCCACAUGACUUUUGGCCGGAAAUGCGAAUCAUCAUCCUAGUGGUGAAUGAUGCACGAAAGAAAACUAGUUCCACCGGAGGGAUGUCGACUAGCGUCAAAACGUCCAAACUGUUAAAGUACCGCGUAAAGACGUGCGUCCCCCAACACACCAAGGAUUUGGUAGAGGCCUUGCACCAAAAGGACUUUGAUACCUUCGGAAGAAUCACCAUGCAGGAUAGUAAUCAAUUUCACGCGGUUUGCCUGGACACUUAUCCACCAUGUGUUUACAUGAACGAUGUCUCAUUUGCCGUCGUCAACAUGGUGCAUCAGUUCAACGCGUUAAAGAAAGAAAUCCGAGUGGCCUAUACAUUCGAUGCCGGUCCAAACGCGUGCCUUUAUCUACUGGAAAAGGAUGUCCCUGAGGUGCUGGGAGUAGUGAAUCAAGUUUUUCCCAAUGAUAAACUCGGUGAUCCGGAAUACAUCAAGGGCAUUCCGGUCGAUAUAGCCACACUGCCGAAAGUGGAUCAGCAAUUUACUGCCAACGGGAAAAAUCUCUUGAAAUAUCUCAUUAACACAAAAGUUGGCGAGGGACCUAAACGCAUUGAUUGAACUACAGCUUAGUUAUUUAAAUAUAUAUAUGUUUAACUUGCGGUGAUGGAAUCAUGGCUUUCUUUCG